CCUCUCGGCUCAUUACCCACGUCGAACGAACCUCCACCAUGGCAGACAUCGAAACUAUCGCAUCGAAGAUCAAAGCCGGUCAGAUCAACCGCGUUGUUGUUCUCGCUGGCGCGGGGAUAUCUACCGCCGCAGGCGUCCCCGAUUUCCGCACCCCAGAGACGGGACUAUACGCCAAGCUGGCUCCGCUAUGUCUGCCCUAUCCCGAGGCCAUAUUCCACAUCAACUACUUCGGGCACACGCCCGAGCCAUUCUACGCGCUGGCGCGGGCUCGUAAUCCAGUCAACCUAAAGCCGACCGUGUCGCAUGCAUUUCUGGCGCUGCUGGCCAAGAAGAACCUGUUGCAUUUCUUGUUCACGCAGAACAUCGACGGGUUGGAGUUGGAUGCAGGCGUUCCUGGUGACAAGAUGAUGGCCGUACAUGGCAACUGGAAGAGCCAGCGGUGUCACAAGUGCAAGACGCCGUAUCCGGAUGACCUAAUGCAGCAGGCUGUCAAUUCAGGCGACGUGCCAUAUUGUCUGGUUGCGGAGUGCGGCGGGGCAGUCAAGCCCGAUGUCGUGUUCUUCGGGGAGUCGGUCGCCCCCCGGUUUGAGGAGGAAGAGCCAAAGGUGCGCGAGGCUGACCUCAUGCUCAUCAUGGGGACCAGUCUGAAGGUGAACCCCUGCACACGAUUGCCUCCCCAGGUACCUGACGGCGUGCCGCGGGUGCUUCUGAACAUGGACACCGUGGGCGGGAUCGGUGGUCGAGCGUCGGAUGUGUCCAUUCUUGGGGCCUGCGACGACGGUGUCCGUCAACUAGCGGAUGCCUUCGGUUGGAGGGAUGAGCUGGAAUCUUUAUGGGCUGGGGCAGUUGCAGCCAAACCGACUGGAGCAGAGGUCGACACUAUGGCAUUAUUGGAUGAAUCUAUUGAGAAACUGGCCAAGAAGAUGGAAGGCUCGAGGCAAGUGCCGGAGGGACAUCGGCGAAUGCUAGAAGCGCAUCUGGGUUCGAAAUCAACGAACAUGGAGUGUGUGGUUCGCUUUAGGCAGUUACGUUCCUUGUCUGGCCCAAACGGCCCUAUUACUACCUCAUGAAAUCAGUGUGUAUGUGCCAGGAAGGGAAACCUUCGACUUAAACUUUCUGGCAAUGAAACCAGUGGCUUUUUGUUGUUCAUGUUGUUUUGGUACUAGCAAGAGCGGGCAUGACGUCGGUGCGCCUCUGAGGUAGCCUCUAUGUCACGAUGAUACGAUUAC